AUGUUUCGAUGUCCUUCAGUAAGGUUUGUCCGGCGGUUGCUGGCAAAUUACAAAGAACGUGCUAAACAUGAAGUGCCCAUUUAUUACAUCACUGAUAAAAUUCAGGUGUUGGUCACCGCGAUGAUAAACAGUGAGCCGUUAAUGUUACAGACUUUUCCAUCUUCUGAGGGUUGGCCAUUUCCUGCUUACAUUGGUGCAUGUGGAAGGUUCAUUGUUGUUGAAAACUGUGGCCAGUCUCUCAAAAAUCUCUACAACGCACCCAUUGAGAAAAGGGCGGACAUUGCUUACCAAGUAUUGAAAAUUGCUGAAAUUCUCACAGAUAAUCCCCAUGGCUAUGCAAUUUAUUGGACAGAACUGAAAGCUAAUGACUUUGUUGUUGACAAAUAUGGUCAAGUGAAAUUUGUUGAUCUUAAUAAUGUCGUAGUUGUGGAUCGAGAAUCAUUUGUGAAUGAAAAUAAAAAUAAUUUUAUGGAAACCUAUGAAGCAAAAUUCCUAAUAUAUGAUGAGGUUGUUCCUCCAACUCCUUACAAGGAAUUAUGUGGACAUGCUCGUUCUGAUUGGAAUAUUUAUAUGGCUUGUCGUUACAUCCUCUCUGGAUCUGCAAUAGACCCAGUGAUUCCUGGAGGACUCUUACAUGAUAUAGUUAGCAAACUUGACAGCGACACGCAGAACGAGAUUAGAAUACACCAACUGAGGAUCAAAAAUUAA